AUGGAUGAGGUGCCUGCUGGUUCCUCAUCUGGAUCUAGGAGUCGACUAGGUCGGGCGUCUUCCUCCCGUAAGGUGGUAUGUGAGGAGGAGGAGAUCGAGGAGGAGGUGAGACAUCAUGAGGAUGAUAUACCUGAUGUUGACCCUCCGAGCGGGGAGGAUGAUACGGAGGAGGGCUACCCGGGAGGGCCUACAGACACUUCAGUGCUGAUUUACUAUCACGACCACGUCGCUCGACGUGUUUGGGAGGGAGAGGAACGUCCGACCAUAAAUUACGUGAACCAUGCACGAAAUAUAUUUACUCCGUUUAAACCACAUGCUCACUGGUUUAAUGACGUGGUAGCUGGGAGCGGGCUUGGUGGUUUAUGCAAGACCGGCCAUAGUUCCAUCAGUCACGGCAUACAUGGCGCUUUUGUUGAGAGGUGGCACAAGGAGACGUCUUCUUUUCACCUUCCUGUUGGGAGUUGA